AUGGCUGAUAAGGAAAUCAUCGUGUUUGGAAGUAUUGUUCAAGAUCUAGUCAGGUAUGCCUACUAUCGUAUUUUUCAUACUGUAAAACUUCAACCUUUUCAAAAAUGUUUUAUCACUGAUAAACAUGAUAUUUUAGUUUUGUGGAGAGAUAUCCAAAGCCAGGAGAGUCGAUCAGAGGAAAGAAGUUCGAGCUCUUCAAUGGUGGAAAGGGUGCCAACCAAGCCUACAUCAUUGCCAAAUUGGGAGGAAAGGUUACCAUGGUAGGAAACGUAUGUUAUUAUACCUAAAUUUGAAAAGAAAACGUAUCUACUCACUAAAAAAUUCAAAUGUAGACAAUAUCAUAACCUAUAAGAAGUAUUAGACGAAAAAUCAUACUCAGCAUCAUCGUUUAGGUAGGAAAUGAUAUCUUCGGAGAUGCCAACAUCGAUGGGCUGAAGAAGGUUGGAGUACGAACGGACUUGAUGACAAAAUCAGAAGGCGUAGCUACAGGAACGGGUAAUGUGACAGUAAAUGACAGUGGAGAGAACUGUAUCGUGGUAACUCUGGGAGCCAACAUGAAGAUCGAGAAGAACAGAGCUUGGGAGAUCGAGAGUGACAUCAGCAAGGCCUUCAUGAUCAUCGCCCAGAAUGAAGUUCCCCAAGAAGCCAAUGUAGAAGCCUUCAAAGUGGCCAGGAAACACGGAGGUAAUCUUGUUUAACGUUUAAAGUCAUAUAUAAUGAAUUUAUCAUAUAUUGAAAGCUAGAAUUACUAACCUUAUCAUAAGUUUAUUGUCUUAACUGUUAAGUUUAUCUUGAGUUUAUAGUCAUAACUUUAUAAUCGGCUGAUAAACGAAUGUAGAAAACAAUCAAAAUGUGCUACUGAUAAGAAGCUAAGGUCAAUAUGUGCUUACAAGGCGAUAACUAGAAAUGUUCAACUGGCAAAUCCAAACAGAAUUAACAAUCAACAAUGUCCAAAAUUAGCCCUAAUAAGCUAAUAUUAACCACUAAACCCUCAAUAUACAAAAAGUAAACUCCCAAUUUCAGUAACAACCUUCCUGAACCCCGCCCCAGGCCUAGCUGACCUCGACCGGUCGAUUCUUCCCUUGACCGACAUCAUUUGUGUCAAUGAGAACGAAGCCGAGUUCAUCACUGGCCUUACCCUCAAGACUCUCGAAGAAUUCAAGGAAGCUGCCCUUAAAAUAGUCACGGAAUAUGGUCCCUCGACUGCCAUUGUAACAUUGGGACCUCAAGGAGCUCUGAUAGCUCUCAAAGACAAAGAUGGACAAGCUACAGUAGAAAAGGUGGAUGCCUUGAAAGUAAAGGCUGUCGACACCACUGUAAGUUAACAUAGCUGGUUGUAGGUUCACUAAUUAUUUAAUUGUUUGUAAAAUGGAAAGAAAAUGCGAUAAAAUUAAAGAAAUCAUUGAAUAUUAGUGUAUUAAUGUGUAAUAACUUAUAGCUUGGUCAAAAAAUACAUAGAAAAUCGUUGUUAAACAACCUGUACAUUAACUAUUUUCGGAACUUUUCGACCAAAACAUCAAAAUAUAAUAAUAUAACUUUACAGGGAGCUGGUGACUGCUUCUGUGGAUCCUUAGCCUUCUUGUUGGCUACACAGCCAGAGCUUGGAGCGGUUGAAGCGGCGAGAAAGGCGGUAAAGAUCGCCGCUAUAUCAGUUAGCCGAGCAGGACCUCAAGCAUCAUAUCCCACCCUCGAAGAACUCAAACAACUCGGAAUCCUCUAA